CCCCGCACCCGCCCGCCCGCCACCUCCCCCCGGUUUCUCAUUCCUGCCACUAGCGCGCUCGGCGGCUCAUUCCGCGGCCGCCGCCAGCCGGGGGAGCGUCGCGGGCCGAGGAGCGGAUGCCGCGGGGGCCGCUCGCAGCCGCCGCCGACUUGUGAAUGGGAUCCGGACUGGGGCCGGGGCCGGCACCGCUGCGCUCGCCCCGCGCCGGGGACGGACGGCCCGGAGGUCGCGUCAGCCCGCGAGGGCCCCAGAAAUCGCUGUGUUUUCAGCUCAGUGGCUCUGUGACCUCAUUCCUGUUGUUAUUUGUUGAGUGACCAAUCAGAUGGGUGGAUUGUGUUAUAGAAAUUGGCAGCAAGUAUCCAAUGGGUGAAGAAGAAGCCGACUGGGGAAGUGGGCAGCUCUGACGUGAUGAGCUCAGCGCGCGGAGACAUUCUGUCCCAGGAGAGGUCUGCGUGACGCGUCCGGGAGGCCGCCCUCGGGAAGACCACCGCAGGGUUGGUGGAAGGGGUGACAGCCGCAUUCUCCUGUGCCUACCACGUAACCAAAAAUGAAGGAGAACUACUGUUUACAAGCCGCCCUGGUGUGCCUGGGCAUGCUGUGCCACAGCCAGGCCUUCGCCACGGAGCGGCGGAGCCACCUGCGGCCCUCCUUCCACGGGCACCACGAGAAGGGCAAGGAGGGGCAGGUGCUGCAGCGCUCCAAGCGGGGCUGGGUCUGGAACCAGUUCUUCGUGAUAGAGGAGUACACCGGGCCUGACCCCGUGCUCGUGGGCAGGCUUCAUUCGGAUAUUGACUCUGGUGAUGGGAACAUUAAAUACAUUCUCUCAGGUGAAGGAGCUGGAACCAUUUUUGUGAUUGAUGACAAAUCAGGGAACAUUCAUGCCACCAAGACAUUGGAUCGAGAGGAAAGAGCCCAGUACACGCUAAUGGCUCAGGCAGUGGACAGGGACACCAAUCGGCCACUGGAGCCGCCGUCGGAAUUCAUCGUCAAGGUCCAGGACAUUAAUGACAACCCGCCGGAGUUCCUGCAUGAGACCUAUCAUGCCAACGUGCCCGAGAGGUCCAAUGUGGGAACGUCAGUAAUCCAGGUGACAGCUUCCGAUGCAGAUGACCCCACCUAUGGCAAUAGUGCCAAGUUGGUGUACAGCAUCCUCGAAGGACAACCCUACUUCUCGGUGGAAGCUCAGACAGGUAUCAUCAGAACAGCCCUGCCAAACAUGGACAGGGAAGCCAAGGAGGAGUACCACGUGGUGAUCCAGGCCAAGGACAUGGGGGGCCACAUGGGCGGACUCUCAGGGACAACCAAAGUGACCAUCACACUGACUGAUGUCAAUGACAACCCACCAAAGUUUCCGCAGAGCGUGUACCAGAUGUCUGUGUCAGAAGCAGCUGUCCCUGGGGAGGAAGUAGGAAGAGUGAAGGCUAAAGACCCAGACAUUGGAGAAAAUGGCUUAGUCACCUACAAUAUCGUGGAUGGAGAUGGGAUGGAAUUGUUUGAGAUCACAACGGACUAUGAAACACAGGAGGGCGUGGUGAAGCUCAAAAAGCCCGUAGAUUUUGAAACCAAAAGAGCAUAUAGCCUGAAGGUAGAGGCAGCCAAUGUGCACAUCGACCCAAAGUUCAUCAGCAACGGGCCUUUCAAGGACACGGUGACGGUCAAGAUCGCGGUUGAGGAUGCUGAUGAACCCCCGAUGUUCUUGGCCCCAAGUUACAUCCAUGAAGUCCAAGAAAACGCAGCUGCUGGCACCGUGGUUGGGAGAGUUCAUGCCAAAGACCCUGAUGCUGCCAACAGCCCGAUAAGGUAUUCAAUCGAUCGUCAUACUGACCUCGACAGGUUUUUCACUAUUAAUCCAGAGGAUGGUUUUAUUAAAACUACGAAACCUCUGGAUAGAGAGGAAACCGCCUGGCUCAACAUCUCUGUCUUUGCAGCAGAAAUCCACAACCGGCAUCAGGAAGCCAAAGUUCCAGUGGCCAUUAGGGUCCUCGAUGUCAACGAUAAUGCUCCCAAGUUUGCUGCCCCUUAUGAAGGCUUCAUCUGUGAGAGUGAUCAGACCAAGCCACUUUCCAACCAGCCAAUUGUUACAAUUAGUGCAGAUGACAAGGAUGACACAGCCAAUGGACCAAGAUUUAUCUUCAGCCUACCCCCUGAAAUCAUUCACAAUCCAAAUUUCACAGUCAGAGACAACAGAGAUAACACCGCCGGGGUGUACGCCCGGCGCGGAGGGUUCAGUCGGCAGAAGCAGGAUUUAUACCUUCUGCCCAUCGUGAUCAGCGACGGGGGCUUCCCGCCCAUGAGCAGCACCAACACCCUCACCAUCAAGGUGUGCGGGUGCGACGUGAACGGCGCGCUGCUGUCCUGCAACGCCGAGGCCUACAUCCUCAACGCCGGCCUGAGCACGGGCGCGCUCAUCGCCAUCCUGGCCUGCAUUGUCAUUCUGCUGGUCAUCGUAGUAUUGUUCGUGACCCUGAGGAGGCAAAAGAAAGAACCGCUCAUUGUCUUUGAGGAAGAAGAUGUCCGUGAGAACAUCAUUACCUAUGACGAUGAAGGGGGUGGGGAGGAAGACACGGAAGCCUUUGAUAUUGCCACCCUCCAAAAUCCUGAUGGGAUUAAUGGAUUUAUCCCUCGCAAAGACAUAAAACCUGAGUAUCAGUAUAUGCCUAGACCUGGGCUCCGGCCAGCGCCCAACAGCGUGGACGUCGAUGACUUCAUCAACACGAGAAUACAGGAGGCAGAUAACGACCCCACUGCACCCCCUUAUGACUCCAUCCAAAUCUAUGGUUACGAAGGCAGGGGCUCCGUGGCUGGGUCCCUGAGCUCCUUAGAGUCUGCCACCACAGAUUCAGACUUGGACUAUGACUAUCUACAGAACUGGGGACCUCGUUUUAAGAAACUAGCAGACUUGUAUGGUUCCAAAGACACUUUUGAUGACGACUCUUAACAAUAACGAUUCAAAUUUGGCCUUAAGAACUGUGUCUGGCGUGCUCAAGAAUCUAGAAGAUGUGUAAACAGGUAUUUUUUUAAAUCCAGGAAAGGCUCAUUUAAAACAAGCAGAGUUUUACAGAGAGGAUACAUUUAAUAAAACUGCAAGGACAUCAAAGUGGUAAAUACUGUGAAGUACCUUUUCUUGCAAAAAAGGCAAAGAGUGAAGUUGUUUGUCAACUUCGCUGGAGAAAAACCACUUGGCGUACAAAAUAUUUAAGGGAAGGAGAAGUCUCGCCAUGAACUGACAAUGAAGGGAAAUCAUGUAUGUGUUAUGAACAUCUAAGUCUUCUUUUUUAAUUUGUCAAAGAAGCUUCCACAAAAAUAGAAAGGACAACAGUUCUGAGCUGUAAUUUCGCCUUAAACUAUGGACACUCUAUAUGUAGUGCAUUUUUAAACUUGAAAUAUAUAAUAUUCAGCCAGCUUAAACCCAUACGAUGUAUGUACAAUACAAUGUACAAUUAUGUCUCCUGAGCAUCAGUCUUGUUACUGCUGAUUCUUGUAAAUCUUUUUGCUUCUACUUUCAUCUUAAACUAAUAUGUGCCAGAUAUAACUGUCUUGUUUCAGUGAGAGACGCCCUAUUUCUAUGUCAUUUUUAAUGUAUCUAUUUGUACAAUUUUAAAGUUCUUAUUUUAGUAUACAUGCAAAUAUCAGUAUUCUGACAUGUAAGAAAAUGUUACGGCAUCACACUUAUAUUUUAUGAACAUUGUACUGUUGCUUUAAUAUAAGCUUCAAUAUAAGAAGCAACCUUUGAAAUAAAAAAAAAGAUUCUUUUUUAA